GCGGCCCGCUUGCCUAUAAGGAGCUGUCCGCCACCCCGGUGCUGAUUCCUGCUCUGGAGCUUGGCGAGGUAGAUUUAGCUGUCCACCGAGCUAGGCGCCUGUCUUUGCAAUUGGGUUUGGAUUUGCACCUUUAAGGAGGGGGGAAGAGGAGGAAAAGGCGAGCGGAGGAAGGAGAGUACAGCAAGCAGCUCUUUCGGGGACUGUAGCCUCAGCCGCAGCUGCGAAGAAGCCCUCCCCACGGUUUCGGUGGAGCGUCUGGGCGCGGGAUGGAGUGAAAGAGAGUACCUCUCCAAGGGGGGGUGGGAGGGGGUCAGAAGGUGCGGACAAGAGAGACAAGCCGCGGCUGGUGCCUGCGAAUUUGGAAUUCGAUUGGAAGGGACCACUCACUCGGGGGAAAUGGAUUCUGUACCAGGGCUGACCAGCGUUUUGACUUUGCUGUUCUCUGGUUUGUGGCAUUUAGGAUUAACAGCGACAAAUUACAACUGUGAUGACCCAUUAGCAUCCCUGCUGUCUCCAAUGGCUUUUUCCAGCUCCUCAGAUCUCACUGGCACCCCCAGUGCAGCUCAGCUCAACUGGAGAGUUGGAACUGGUGGCUGGUCCCCAGCAGAUUCCAAUGCUCAACAGUGGCUGCAGAUGGACUUGGGAAACAGAGUGGAGAUUACAGCCGUGGCCACGCAGGGAAGAUACGGAAGCUCUGACUGGGUGACGAGUUAUAGCCUGAUGUUCAGUGACACAGGACGCAACUGGAAACAGUACAAGCAAGAAGACAGCAUCUGGACGUUUGCAGGAAACAUGAAUGCUGACAGUGUAGUGCACCACAAGCUAUUGCACUCAGUGAGGGCCCGCUUCAUUCGCUUUGUGCCCCUGGAAUGGAAUCCAAAUGGAAAGAUUGGCAUGAGGGUGGAGGUCUACGGAUGCUCCUAUAAAUCGGACGUUGCUGACUUUGAUGGCCGAAGCUCACUUCUCUACAGGUUCAAUCAGAAACUGAUGAGCACACUCAAAGAUGUGAUCUCCCUCAAGUUCAAGAGCAUGCAAGGAGAUGGGGUCUUAUUCCAUGGAGAAGGUCAACGUGGAGACCACAUCACCCUGGAACUCCAGAAGGGGAGGCUUGCCUUGUACCUUAACCUGGAUGACAGUAAAGUUCGACUCAGCAGCAGCCCACCCUCCGCCACCCUGGGCAGCCUCCUGGAUGAUCAGCACUGGCACUGGGUCCUCAUCGAACGGGUGGGCAAGCAGGUGAACUUCACUGUGGACAAACACACACAGCACUUCCGGACCAAGGGUGAGGCAGAUGCCCUGGACAUUGACUAUGAGCUUAGUUUUGGAGGAAUUCCAGUACCAGGAAAACCUGGGACCUUUUUAAAGAAAAACUUCCACGGAUGUAUUGAAAACCUUUACUACAACGGAGUAAACAUAAUUGACCUGGCUAAAAGAAGAAAGCAUCAGAUCUAUACUGUGGGCAAUGUCACUUUUUCCUGCUCCGAACCACAAAUUGUUCCCAUCACAUUUGUCAACUCCAGCAGCAGUUAUUUGCUGCUGCCCGGCACCCCCCAAAUUGAUGGGCUCUCAGUGAGUUUCCAGUUUCGAACAUGGAACAAGGAUGGUCUGCUUCUGUCCACAGAGAUGUCUGAAGGCUCGGGGACCCUGCUGCUCAGCCUGGAGGCCGGAAUCCUGAGACUGGUGAUUCAGAAAAUGACAGAACACGUAGCUGAAAUCUUUACAGGCAGCAACUUGAAUGAUGGCUUGUGGCAUUCGGUUAGCAUCAACGCCAGAAGGAACCGCAUCACUCUCACUGUGGAUAAUGAAGCAGCAUCCCCUGCUCAGGACACCACCCGGGUACAGAUUUAUUCUGGAAAUAGCUACUACUUUGGAGGGUGCCCCGACAAUCUCACCGAUUCCCAAUGUUUAAAUCCCAUUAAGGCUUUCCAAGGCUGCAUGAGGCUCAUCUUUAUUGAUAACCAGCCCAAGGACCUCAUUUCAGUUCAGCAAGGUUCCCUGGGGAAUUUUAGUGAUUUACACAUUGAUCUGUGUAGCAUCAAAGACAGGUGUUUGCCAAACUAUUGUGAACAUGGAGGAAGCUGCUCCCAGUCCUGGGCCAGUUUCUAUUGUAACUGCAGUGACACAGGUUACACUGGUGCCACCUGCCAUGACUCCAUCUACGAGAAAUCCUGUGAGGUUUAUAGGCACCAAGGGCACACGGCUGGAUUCUUCUACGUCGACUCUGAUGGCAGUGGGCCCCUUGGACCUCUUCAAGUGUACUGCAACAUCACUGAAGACAAGAUCUGGAUGUCAGUACAGCACAACAACACAGAGCUAACCCAUGUGAGGGGUGCCAACCCAGAGAAGCCCUAUGCCAUGGCCUUGGACUACGGUGGCAGCAUGGAGCAGCUAGAGGCUCUGAUUGAUGGCUCCGAGCACUGUGAGCAGGAAGUGGCCUACCAUUGCAGGAGAUCCCGCUUGCUCAACACGCCUGAUGGAACCCCAUUUACCUGGUGGAUCGGGCGGUCCAAUGAAAGGCAUCCUUACUGGGGAGGGUCUCUUCCCGGAGUCCAGCAGUGUGGAUGUGGCCUGGAAGAGAGUUGCCUGGACAUUCGACAUUUUUGCAAUUGUGACGCUGACAAGGAUGAAUGGACAAAUGAUACUGGCUUUCUUUCCUUCAAAGACCACUUGCCUGUCACUCAGAUAGUUAUCACUGAUACCAACAGAUCAAACUCAGAAGCUGCUUGGAGAAUUGGUCCCUUGCGUUGCUAUGGCGACCGACACUUCUGGAAUGCUGUUUCAUUUUAUACUGAAGCCUCUUAUCUCCACUUUCCUACCUUCCAUGCGGAAUUCAGUGCCGAUAUUUCCUUCUUUUUUAAAACCACCGCUUUAUCUGGAGUUUUCCUUGAAAACCUUGGCAUUAAAGACUUCAUCCGACUUGAAAUAAGCUCUCCUUCUGAGAUCACAUUUGCCAUUGAUGUUGGGAAUGGCCCAGUAGAACUUGUAGUCCAGUCUCCUUCUGCUCUGAAUGACAACCAAUGGCAUUAUGUCCGGGCUGAGAGGAACCUCAAAGAGACCUCCCUUCAGGUGGACAGCCUUCCAAGGAGCACCAGAGAGACUUCAGAGGAGGGCCAUUUCCGGUUGCAGCUGAACAGCCAGUUGUUUGUAGGAGGAACAUCAUCAAGGCAGAAAGGCUUCCUAGGAUGCAUCCGCUCCUUACACUUGAAUGGGCAGACACUGGACCUGGAGGAGAGGGCAAAAGUCACAUCUGGAGUCAGGCCAGGCUGCCCAGGUCAUUGCAGCAGCUAUGGCAGCAACUGCCACAAUGGGGGGAAGUGUGUGGAGAAGCACAGUGGCUACCUCUGCGACUGCACCAAUUCACCAUAUGAAGGACCCUUUUGUAAAAAAGAGGUUUCUGCUGUUUUUGAGGCUGGAACAUCAGUUACGUACAUGUUUCAAGAACCCUACCCUGUCACCAAGAAUACAAACCUCUCAUCUUCAGCUAUUUACACAGAUGCGGCUCCAUCCAAAGAGAACAUUGCAUUCAGUUUUGUGACAGCUCAGACACCCAGCCUCUUGCUCUUUCUCAAUUCUUCUUCUCAGGACUUUCUGGCUAUCUUGCUCUGCAAAAAUGGAAGUUUACAGGUUCGCUAUCAGCUAGGCAAGGAAGAAACACAUGUAUUCACCAUCGAUGUAGAGAACUUUGCCAAUAGAAAGAUGCACCACCUGAAGAUUAACCGAGAGGGGAGAGAGCUUGCCAUUCAGAUGGACCAGCAGUUCCGGCUCACUUACAACUUCUCCCCAGCAGUAGAGUUCAGGACGAUAAGGUCACUUGUCCUGGGUAAAGUCACAGAUAAUAUUGGAUUGGAUUCUGAAAUUGCUAAAGUGAAUGCCCUGGGUUUUGUUGGAUGCCUUUCUUCAGUCCAGUAUAAUCAUAUAGCACCACUGAAGGCAGCCCUGCGUCAUGCCACUAUCGCACCGGUGACCGUCCAGGGGACCUUGACAGAAUCUAGCUGUGGCUCCAUGGUGGAUUCAGAAGUGAAUGCAGUGACCACUGUGCAUUCUUCAUCAGAUCCCUUUGGGAAGACAGAUGAGCGGGAACCACUUACCAAUGCAGUUCGGAGUGAUUCAGCGGUCAUUGGAGGAGUAAUAGCAGUGGUGAUAUUCAUCACCUUCUGCAUCAUCGGCAUCAUGACCCGCCUCCUUUACCAGCAUAAGCAGUCACAUCGCACUAACCAGAUGAAGGAGAAGGAAUAUCCAGAGAAUUUGGACAGUUCCUUCAGAAAUGAUAUUGACUUGCAAAACACAGUCAGCGAGUGUAAACGGGAAUAUUUCAUCUGAAAAAAACUACAGGGUCACCUGAUACUCAUUUCUGUGGUUACUUGUUAAUUUUUUCUCCUUCUUUUCUCUCUUUUGUCUUUUAAUUUUGGUCCUUCUCUCUUAAAUGUUUGCCAUUCCUUUUUUGGAACAUAACCUGCAUCUACCACAACAUCAAUCCCUUUGACCCAGCUCAGGAGACUAGGCAGCUACAGCUACUGCCUUCCUGUCUGACACCUGUAUCGUGGUGAAAAUGACCACUCAAGACACUGACUUUACUGUUCUAGACAAGGAAGAGACACAUGUGCACACACACACACACAAUCAGCUUUGUGUUCCACUUUCUAAAAUGCACUUUUUAGUUUUGCAGACUCAUAUUCUGGCAGGCUUACCUUGAACUUGAGCUCUGUGACUUAGGCAUCUAAUGGUCAUCCUUGACAUCCUCUCCCAUUCCCAGUUCAUCUCUACCAGGGAAGCCAGGGCAGAGAGAUCCUUCAGGCCUGGUUUGCAUCGGUGGCAUUUUACAAGGAACAAGAACAACUUGCGUUAAUUUAAUUUCCCUAGGCCCCUUGCCCUAACUCAUCGCCCUUUUUGGCUAUGACUCUUAUCCCCUGAGUAUUUUCAAAUAGAAUUGCUGAUAGUAGUGAGCAAUUACUUUGCUCCUUUCUUAUCACUGUCUCCUGGGGCCAAAACUUUAGAAACAGCACACAAUAGCAUAAACCUAGAGGAAGCAUGGAAAUAGUUGCUUGAAAUUAGGAGGUAAAAAGAAAGUUGCUAGGAAGUAGAUGUUCCAUAACUUCAAAAAAUGAUAUCCUCCAAUUUUGUAAGACAUGUUAGCUAGGUUAUUCCUGGGAUUAUUAUAUUGAGGUAAAAAAUAUGUAUCUACACACAUAUAUAUGUAAUUUGCUGCAGCAUAAAGAAAUUCAAAUAAAAGUCUAAAAUAGUACCUGGUUCCAUGAAAAAGCUUAAACCAUCUUAACUCAGCUUUAAAUAAAUAUAUAUAUGGAAAAAACUGCAUGAAAGAACUGAAAUAUUAGGCAGAAUUCUUCCUUUCCAUCUACUCUUGAAAGACCUGGUGGAGAAACUGAAAGUCAGUUUGCAGGUUUUACAUUUUGGAACAGUUAUAAUGAAUCCAUCUCUGUCCACUGAACUGUUUCUAGGAGGUUUCGGACAUACUGACCCAUGUGGCAUUGUAGUCACCUCCAGCUGACCCAGUGAUUGAUUUCAGAGGAUCCCUUAGGUUCUGUAGCACACCCCAUUUUGAAAUCUGCUGCAUUCUAUACAUUGAAAAAGCCUCCACUUACACAUAUUUUUCUGCAGACUUAUAUUCCCAGAUGAGGCAGCAACAAAUUUCAGGCUCUUUGCCCCUUUUAGUGACAAAGUAUGGAAUUCAUCCCUUUGGGAAGUCAUCCUGAGACUAUCUCUGGGUUUUGAUAGUAAGAAUUCUGAUGAUUUUGCUGUAGCAAUAUGCCUAACUCUUUGCCCCUGGACUACCUUGGAGAAAGAUAAGGGAUAAAGGAUAUCAAUGCUCCAGGGUCCUAGCAAUGCCAGUAGAAUGAUUCAGAGUUGAAGAAAAUACUUACUGAUUCUUUUUAGGUGAAUUUGAUUUGCAAAACAAUUACCACCUUAGCUUUGGCCAGCCUUGACAGCAGACGGUCCAUCUUGUUCUGUGUCCUUUGCCUCUCAUUCCUUAGCACUCCUCUUGUGUUAGGAAGCACACAAGGAGCACGUGAUUAGCUUCAUUCCAUACCAAUCCCCCAGCUUUUCUUCCAGUUUCAAAGCUUAUGAAGGAGGGUUGAGUUUAUAAUCAUGUCUCGACUUUAAGACAUUGUUCUACAAACAGUCUUUCCUUACAAUUUUCUUUGGAUUUUUAGUCAUCUCAUCAGUUAAUAUAUAAUCAUCAUUUUCCUAGUAAAUUUAUUUUACAGUGAUUUUAAACAAGAAUAUAUGUUUUUUAAAAAUUAGCUUUAAUAAGACGAAUGAUAACCGAAUAAAAGGAUAGAUCUUUAAAUACUGCAUUCCGCCGCCCUUUCUUCCUCUUUCUCCAGUUCUCACUUUUGAAUUUUUUAUUUCUAUAAAAAGGUUGUAUAAAUCAGGCUUUUGCUUGGCUACAUAUUCCUUUGUCACCUGAAAUAAAAGUCACCACAAAGUGCAGUGAGUUUAGCCCGAAGCAUCUCCAAAAGAAAAAUGGAAAGGAAAAGGAAAGUAUAAGCAAUAAUGCUGAAACUCUCCCUUAUUCAAAUCUCUGAGAAGCAUGUCCCAUAUUUUGCCGAUGUGGAGGACUAGUAAAGGUCAACUCAUCCUAUCUGAACUUUUCAUGGACUUAUAUAUGCUUGUAGAUAGUUGUAUAGGUUGGAGAAUUUGUGAAGCUCUGUCCUGGCCACGUGGACACCACAAAUUACUGGCCCCCGCCCCCACGUAUGGACUGUGUAUAGAAGAGCUCUGGGUACCCAGGCCAAAAGGCAGAUGGAUACCCAGAAAGUACAGUCUGCACAACACUGCUAUAAAUAGUCUCAGUGCCGAAUCAGAAUUAUUAUACAAGACUGGAUUUCUUCACAACCCCAGAAAACACUAUGACUUUCACUGGAUGUGUCCGAAAACACACUCUUCUAAACAAAAACACACUUCACAAUUAGGAAUAAAUGCUAACUGUACCUCUCUGUCUUUUCUGGAACCACGAUCUGUUUCAUUAUCUGUAAUUAUGUAAUUUUGUGAGUAUUUCAAUCUUCAGGCAACUAUAAUCUAAAACUAGACUUUGCAUUCUAAUCCUUCUUUACCUCCCACCCCUGUUCCACUGCCAUAUUCAUUUCCUGACAGCACCAUGUGGCUACCAGACCUCCAUAGCCUCCUCUGGUUCCACACUCAGUCUUUGGUAGCUGCUGUUUAUAGAAAUAUUUCAUGGAAUAUAGUUACUUUACACUAAAACCAAAAAUACCUGUGCAAUUUCACAUUCUAAGGGGGCUGUUCCAUUGAUAUUAUUUCCACCAAACAUAUUUAUUUAUUUAAGCAACAGUACAUUUGCUUACCAAAAAAGACUGACUAUAUCAUUCACUAUGCGUAGAGGGCAAGUUUCUCACGGUUUCUAAGAGAAUCCAUCUAAAGAAAUAGACAUUGUGUGUUUCUCUAUGUAUAUUUUUAUGAAUAGCUUAGCCUCUUCUAUUCACUCUCCAAAACACAAGGGUGAUUUAUUUUAAGAAUCCUGCAGCUGAUGUUUUAAAAUGAUCUUUUUUUCUCUUUAGUAAUAACGGAAGUGGUACUAACCUGAUUUCUUCCUUUUGUCAGAAAUGUGCCCGGUGUAACAGGAGCAAACUGAAAAAAAAAAAAGUUGUUCUCUUCUUUCUAUUUCAUUCAAGAAGUAUACAAUGGAUGCCCUCUACUCCAAGGAUUGUUGUGCUGGGCAUUACAUAUACAGACAUAAAUUAUACCUUGCUCUUCUCCUUGGGGAGUUGAGAGUCUAGCUGGGGUGGCACAUAUUGUUUUAAUAGGGGUAUACAUAAAGUGCUCUGAACACAGGGCAAAGACUCUGUGCAAUUAUUUUUGUAAAGCACUUGCUAGAGACUUCAAGAAUCUGGCAAAUUUAAUUUUGUUUCUCAAUUAUUACUUUCAUCUGCAAUAGACUUCCCAGUUUCUUACUCUCAAAGUAAAUAUCUAUUUACACAAAUAUAUUUCUAUGGAAACAAAUUGAUCACGUCUUUUGGGAGAGCAAGAAUAAAUGAUUCUUAUCUCUGACAUACUUUUGAGACAGCGGAAUUCUCUGCAUUCUUGCUUCAGUUCUAGUUGAGGUAUAUUAGACAACUCCUUUCUUUCCCAUGAAUUAGACCUAAGAGGAAAUUUGGGACUACUUGGGAUAGAAAAGAGUGCUCUCCACUUCAGCUCCUCUCCUUCUCCUUUUUUAGGUCUUUCACUUCCAUUCAUUUAAGCCAUUCCAUACCAUUGCUAUUCUAGAUAAUUCUGAAGUUAGCUUUGUGAUCCUCUAUCACAUUCUAAGAUUCUCCUCUCUUAAAUAAACUUUGGACUCUAUUUAGGAACAUCUACAAGAGGUAGAUGAAGUCUAUCCUUGAGUAAAUAAUUGACUUCCUUUUGUGCCCUGGGUAAAUUUUUUCCAAUCCCAAAGAUCAUGCAUGCCAUCUCUGUGUACCACAUUAAUUCAUUUAGAGGCACCACACCUAAAAGUUACUAUCAAAACAAUUUCUCCAAUUUAUCUAGGAAUACAGGAAUCAGGCAAAUUGUAUUUUUUUCUAGAAAAAAAUCUUUAUACUAUGUCUUCCACCUUCCCUGGCUUCCUUUGGAUUCCUCUACAGGUACAAUCCAUCAAACUCUUGCUACAACACCAUCCUGACAAGAAGCUUUUGAGACAUCUGUAUAGUUCCGUCAUUCAUUCCUCUUUAAGCUAAAGGCCUGGAUGUACUUGUAGUCCUCGAUUGUCCUACAGGUCAAGUGUAGACUAAAUAAAUAAAUAGGCUUCGUUGUUCCUGAACAUGGCACAGGAGGUUAAUGGAAUGUGAUGUAACAAAUUCAAAACUGUUGGAAUACUUGGAGGAUAACUGAGUGCUAUUUCAUGUCUCUUAUGCGGUUUGAAAAUGUUAUCUUUAAAAGACAUAUAGUGUAAUAGAAUUACUUUCAUACACUAUUUUUGGAUCUUUCCUACCCUGUGCACUGCACCCUCGCCCAUACUCUUUCUUGUUGAGAUAUCUAGUUUGCAGAUUUUGGUUGUCCCUAGUUCUCAACUCUGUUCAUUAAUUCCAAAUAAUUGAACCACCUAAAGGGGGAAAAGUGCAACACACACACACACACACACACACACACACAAACACAAACACACUGUAAAAAAUAGGGCUGUUACUUAAGUAUUCUCCAGGAAAUUUUACAUACAUAUCUGCUUGAUAGCGACAGAAACAUUCCCACUUUGUGUUGACAAUUAUUUUAAUCCUUCAUGUAAGUUUUUAAUAAUUAACUGUUUUACUAUUUUUGAGUGAUUUUUUUUCCUCUUGUUUUGCACUAAGGUACUCUGUGGAAGAACAGGAAAGCACAUUUUCUAGUGAAAUACUGUAUUCGUAAAUUAGUUGUCCAUUUUUUUGGUAAUGUUUAUAGUCUACAAAGUGGCUGAGCAGAUAUGAGCUACAAAGUGUAGGGCAAACGUUAGUUUUGGUGUUUUGACCAAGCCUGCUGGGGAUGUAUCAAGAAGGAAGAAGGGAUUUGUGGCAGGGGUUGGUGGCUUUUGGAGGUGAGGAAUGUCAUUGCUUCUAUCAAGAAUCAGUGACAGUUCCUCCACUUUCUAGCUCCUAACUCAGGCAUCUCUUUAGUGCAUUUGGAUCCUUGUCUUACACAUUAGGGAAGAGGCAAUAUCACAGGCUUUGCAUGAUGAAUUCUCUACUUAACUUUGCAUGAAAUUUUUUUGACCCUUCCCACCAGUACUGUGUCUACAUUAUUUUCUAAGAUUUUAUUUCAUUGAGAUUUGCCCAGGGUGCUUUAGAACUAUCACCACAGCUACUUAACCUGCCCAAGUUAAGCACCCAGAUAAAGCUUUAAGGAAAACGAACUAAUAAAAAAACACCCUAGGUCAAGUCCACUGUCCUAAAUAGAGCCUUCAUCAGCGGAAGUCCUGAGAUCCUUUAGUGUGUCUCGUGGUCUUUCUUCCUCCUUCCCUGGUCCUGCCGUCCAUAGACAUGUCAUAUGGUAAGAAGCUAAAAUAGUCUCCAGCCCUGACAGUGCACACUGGAGUCACCAUCUAACACUAUCUCCCAAUACUAAUCACUGUCAAUAUAUUUCAUUUAACACUGUUUCUCUCAAUUCUCCCCAGUGACACAGGGAAAUGCUUUACAGAAGAGCAGGGUAAAUUUAGGGGACUAGUCCUAAGUCAAGACCAAAGGUGAAGCUAACUGUGUUAGUGGUGACAGCCUGGUCUUAUGUCAUUAGCAUCAUAUUCUCCCAUGCCUCAAAUGCAAACAGUAGCAUCAGAUAACAUGAAAAAAGGCACUGGGUAUGCAGAAGAUGCAUUGCAUUACUUUUCAGACUCUUUGAAAAGUCUCCCCACAGGUAACGAAUUCACAUGCAACUUUACAGGAUAAUAUUAAUAGGCAUCUGCCUAUUCAUACUUUUUCAUUAUAGUCAACUCCAAUCCCAAAGGUUUUUCAUGAAAUGUUAGCAUAGUCUCUUCACGUUGAAUGGCAGAAUCAACCAGAGUAACAUUGUCCUGCCUUAAAAACUCUUGCAAAAAAUACCAAAUGUUGCUUAAAGUAGCAUAGUUACAUUGUAAGAGGGAUUUUGUAUUUGGUGAGGACCAAGACCAUGAAUUUUUUCCUGAAUCUGGCAGUUGACAGGCCUCUUGAUAUCCUGUGUUGUCUUGAGCAGACACUUCUUUUUGUCAAAAGGUGGCCAUUUGUAAAUGGAUAUUCAUGGCCAUUUUCCAAUAAAACUUUAUUAAUAAAAUCAGGCAACAAUUCAGAUUCGGUUCAUGAAAUGUAAUUUCCCAAUCCCUAAGGUAGAACAUUACAGUUCCCAUUUCAAAUGGGAAAUUAGUCCUCCUCUGACAUGUUCAGGCCCUCUUUAUAUGAAGAAUGAAAGAGCAGGGGAAAUUACCUUUAACAAGUAAAUACUAAAGUGAAAAAAGACAUAAAUAAUCUGAUAUAUAUAUAUAUAUAUAUAUAUAUAUAUAUCUGAUAUGUCUAUAUCAGAUUAUUUGUGAUGGUAAAAGCACAAAACAGGUCAUAUCCUUUGUGGAUCUGCUGGAGACUCUCCUUUCCUUUGGAUCUUCUUAUUUUUGUUUCUAUAACAGAAUCCCAAGUGAUGUUGCCUCAUUCCAAGUCAGUUUUGUAGACCACGUAACAUGUCUUAAUACACUGUAUGGGGAAAAUAAAAGUUAGCCUUAGAUUUAUUUGUUUUCUAUGGUUAUUGUUGUACAGAAGAAAGACUUAAACUGUAAAUAAUGUAUAUUUAAUAAAGAGAGAAUUUUGUAUGAUUUUGUGUG